AUGGAGAAGCCGGUGCUAGCUAAGGGAGAAUUACAAAAGGAUUCCUCAAUUGUUGAAAAGAAGCCAUUAGACGAUAAUGUCGAGAAUCCCGCUUAUGAGGAGAUACCAAUCUACAGAAGACUAAUCUAUGAUUUUAUUAUUGGCCUGUUGACUAACAUUUUUGAUUGUUUCUUUCGAGAGAUCAGAUCUCGAGGUGGGUUCAAAGUUCCCAGACAGUCUCCAGUUAUAUUCGUUGCUGCUCCUCAUGCAAAUCAAUUCGUGGAUCCAGUGAUUCUGAUGGGUCAGGUCAGGAAAGCGGUCAAUAGACGUGUGUCUUUCUUGGUCGCUGAGAAAUCUUUGAGGAGAAAAGCAGUUGGGUUCCUAGCACGCUGUUCGAUGUCAAUUGGUGUAGUGAGAGCCCAGGAUAAUUUGAAACCUGUGAGAGGUAAGAUUACAGUGGAUAUAGAGAACCCACGCAAGCUAAUUGGUCAUGGUACGUUCUUUACAACUGAUUGUAAGCCAAAGGGCCUGAUAGGUCUACCAAAGUCCAUGGGAAGUGUUGAAAUCGAUUCCAUUGAGAGUGAUACGGUAAUGAUAGUGCGCAAAGAAUUUAAGAUGGGUAAGAGUGAAGUGAAAAGUGCCCUGACAAAAGGUACGUCGUUCAAGUAUGCUGACAAGGUUAACCAAUCGCACGUUUAUCACAAAGUUUUUGAACAUUUGGCUCAUAAACAAUGUAUUGGUAUCUUUCCUGAGGGUGGUUCACAUGAUAGGACCGAUCUUCUACCAUUGAAGGCCGGCGUGGCUAUCAUGGCUCUGGGGUGCAUGGAGAAACACCCAGAAGCCAAUGUUAAGAUUGUACCUUGUGGUAUGAACUAUUUCCACCCUCACAAAUUCAGAUCAAGAGCCGUCGUGGAGUUUGGCGACCCAAUCGAUAUUCCUCUCGAAUUGGUUGAAAAGUACAGAAAUCCAGAGACAAAUAGAGAAGCUGUGAAAGAAAUGUUGGACACAAUUUCCGAAGGUUUAAAAGCGGUGACCGUUACCUGUUCCGAUUAUGAGACUUUGAUGGUUGUUCAGGCAAUGAGAAGAUUAUAUGCUGGUCAAUUAUCGUCAAGGUUGCCAUUGCCAAUGGUCGUUGAAAUGAAUAGAAGACUGGUAAAGGGAUACCAAACCUACAGAGAUGAUCCAAAAAUGAUUGACCUGAAGAAAGACAUUAUGAGAUACAAUGCACAAUUGCGCCAUUACAAUCUUCCUGACCAUCUUGUUGAGACCGCCCGAAUCAAUUUUAUAAGAAACCUUAGCUUGUUAAUUUUCAGAUCAGUCCGUCUUUUGGUUUCAGUGGUUUUAGCUUUACCUGGUAUUAUCAUGUUUUCACCUGUCUUCAUUGUCGCUAAGAAGAUUUCUAGAAAAAAGGCUGUGGAAGCCCUUGCCGCCUCGAGCGUCAAGAUCAAAGCUAACGAUGUCAUUGCGACUUGGAAAAUAUUGAUUGGGAUGGGAUUCGCUCCUUUACUUUACAUAUUCUGGUCCGUUUUGAUUACCUACCAUUUCAGAAGCAGGUUUGCGCAUAGAUUCAUCACUUUCUGCGUAUCCUACAUCUUAUGUUGUGCGGUUACUUAUUCGGCUUUAAUUAUUGGGGACAUUGGAAUGGACAUUUUCAAAUCUUUGAGACCAUUGUAUUAUUCUAUUACAUCUCCACAAGGUUUGACGAGUUUACAGAAAGAGCGUAGAAUUUUGGAGGAGAAAAUUACUGAAGUGGUUAAUACCUUCGGACCAGAACUAUUCCCCGAUUUUGAUGCUGACUCACUACGUGAAGAAUACAUGGUAGAUGAACAGGAAGAGGACAGAAAGACAGCCGAACUGAAGAGAAGAAGGUUAUUAAGAAAGAAGAAGGACAGAAAGGUGGAAAGUGCAACGCAAGCUCCAAGGUCAAUUGAUGAAGAACCCGAAUUAGGUGUUGAUCACACAGAAUCAGAUGCCGUUUCACUUGUUAACAGUGACAACUCUUUGUCUAACAUCCCUCUAUUUUCAGGCGGAAGGUCUGAAACAUCCUUAUCAUCGUACAUGUCUGGAGGAGAAUCAUCAGGCUCUGAGUUCAUGGUUGAAGAAAAUGUGCCAUCUAAAGAUGGUCUAGCUGAUAAGAUUGCUCAAGCCGUUUGGGAAAAAAGGACCAUAACCGAUUCCAAUGAUGAGGAUAAGAAGAAAGCUUAA